CAGCUAGAAAGGGACUUCCAGGAGGUGCAAGACAGUUUUACCGAGCAAUACAGAGAACUUGACGACCUGCUGAAUCACACCAAAGAACACGCCGUCACACUGUUGGAGGCCCAGCGGCAAGGACAGAAAAAGCCCCUUUAUGUGCUGGCCGAGGAGGGGGACAGAUACAAGAUGCGGGCGGACAAGCUUCAGACGGACAUAGCAGAUUUGAAACAAAGGGUGUCGUCAGGAGCCGAUUCUACUUGCAUUCUGCACGAAAUUCAGGCACAUCAAAUGAGUAUUGACCUUAUUGAUGAAUUCUACAAGAAGGUCAGCCGAAUCAGCAAGUUUGACAAAUCAAGGUUGGAGGCCCUGGAGAAAUCCAUCCAGCAUAUCGUUGAAAAAAUCGUUGAAAUCUUCCCUCGACCAUGGGAAUUUUAUGAGGACAUCACCUUUAACCCUAAUCCUGACAAAACAAACGAUAACCUGAUGAUAUCUGAUGACUAUACGCAAGUCUUCCUUAGUCCCCAACGGUCAUCACCUAGAGUCCCCUACCAGACUAGAGAAACCCCGUUCUAUGUCCUGGCCAAGCAGUCCUGGAAGAAGGGGCAACACUACUGGGAGGUGGACGUGGGGCACUGCCGCACCUGGGCAGUUGGAGUUGUGGAGCUGGCCAAUGGCAGCCGGCCGCCAUCACAGGCUGCGCUAAUGCGCCUGGGACGCAACAAGAGGUCGUGGAUGCUGGAGUCGGAGGACGGGGAGCUGACCGCGCUGCACAACGACAACCUGAGCAUGGUGAAGCAACCUGAACAGGAAGUGACACGCCUCGGGGUCUACCUGGACAUGACCAAGAACAACGGCCGGCUGAGCUUCUACGAUGUGGGCGGCGGCGCGGUCCUGCACACGUUCCGACUGUGCGUCAAGAAGAGCGUGUUCCCCGCCUUCAGUCUGACCAGAGUGGACGGCCAGCUCCAGAGUCUGGUGCUCUGCAAUCUGGGCCUCAAGCCUAAGAACGAGACUGAGAACGAGAAUGAGUCGGAAGACUCAGGGGCCGACACAAGCUCGAGGCCAAGCUCUGGCAUGUCAGGGGUGGAGAUGAGCACAAGGCCAAGCUCUGGCAUGUCAGGUGCAGAUUCCUCUGACAUAUCGGGGUACUCUUCAGAUUACAGUCCGAGGAGCUGA